UUCCCAUGGCACAUUGCGCAAGAACCAAAACAAGUAUGGCGGACGCGGCUACAUUUCAACCAGGAACUGGAGUAGCUCCUGCUACUUUAGUGGAGUUAUCGGUGUCCUGUCGAAAGCUAAUUGAUGCUGAUGUAUUUUCAAAAUCUGACCCAAUGUGUGUCCUGUUUGUGAUGGAUCAAAGCAAUAGAGGAUCAUGGAGAGAGUUUGGAAGAACAGAAAUCAUCUGGAACAACUUAAACCCCGAUUUUGUAAAGAAGUUUGUAAUGCAUUACUACUUUGAACAAAGUCAGAAACUGAAGUUUGAAGUAUAUGAUGUUGAUUCUAAAAGUGCUGAUUUGACAAAACAUGAUUUCCUGGGUAGUAUGGAGUGCUCAGUCGGUGAGAUUGUGUCAGCAGGUACCAAGAUGAGUAGAAGACUUAGAGGCCCUAAGAAAGACAGUGGGAAUAUAAUUGUUGGUGCAGAGGAACAAAGUAGCUGUAAGGAACAAGUACAUUUUCAAUUCCGUGCCCACAAGCUAGACAAGAAAGACUUCUUUGGGAAAUCAGACCCGUUUCUGACAUUCCUCAGAGCUAACGAAGACACCACAUACACAGUUGUACACAGAACAGAGGUGAUUAAGAAAACCCUCAAUCCCACCUGGCGGCCGUUUGUACUACCUGUCAGAUCAUUGUGUAACGGAGACUAUGACAGGAGUAUAAAGAUACAGUGUCAUGAUUGGGAUGCAGAUGGCGGACAUGAUUUUAUUGGAGAGUUUACAACAACGCUGAGGGAAUUAAGUAGAGGUCCAAGUGACAAAAAUGUAUUUGAGUGCAUCAGUGAAAAGAAAAGGAAGAAGAAAGGCUCCAAAUAUCAAAAUUCAGGGACGGUUGAGCUAAUGAGCUGUAAAAUCGAGAAAGUGUAUACAUUUCUGGAUUAUGUGAGAGGAGGAACCCAGUUACACUGUACAUUUGCUGUGGACUUCACAGCGUCUAAUGGAGAUCCCAAAACACCUUCAUCACUACACUACAUGAACCCAUACAAACCAAACCCCUAUGCUACAGCCCUGAGGUCUGUGGGCUCUAUAAUACAGGACUAUGAUACAGACAAGUUAUUCCCAGCCCUUGGGUUUGGUGCUCGACUACCACCAGAUGGCGUUGUUUCCCAUGAGUUUGCAUUGAACGGUAAUCCGACCAAUCCCUACUGUCAAGGUAUAGAUGGUGUGUUAGAUGCCUACAACAAAGCUCUUUACUCUGUUCAACUCUAUGGACCGACAAAUUUUGCUCCCUGUGUCAAUCAUGUGUCAAAGUUUGCCAUUGCAAAGCGAGAUGGCAAUGAUUACUUUAUCCUGCUUAUAAUCACCGACGGUAUCAUCACCGACAUGCCUCAGACAUGCGAGGCCAUUGUUAAUGCAGCCAGUCUUCCAAUGUCCAUCAUCAUUAUAGGGGUUGGAGAUGCUGAUUUUGAAGCUAUGGAAGUACUGGAUGGUGACGACGUCAGGCUAACAUCAAGGGGAAAGGCAGCAGAGAGAGAUAUUGUACAAUUUGUGCCUCUGCGUAAUUUCCUGGGGCGUUCCGGGGACAACCCUGCCGCAAUACAGGCAAGACUAGCCAAGGAAGUGCUUGAGGAGAUCCCAGACCAGUUCCUCUCUUACAUGAAGUCUCGUAAGAUCAAACCAAAGCCUCCCAUGAUGCGACAGCUGUCUAUUUCUUCCAUGACAUCACUUCCUCCUUCUGAGCAUUAAAAUUUACAAACUACAUCUUCAUGCAGUGUUUUGUCACCAGCAGUACUACUGAUGAUGAUGAUGUAUAUGUCUGAUGCUAUCGAGGUCUGAUAUAACUGGUUAUGGACUUUGGGUUUAAUGAAUCACUGAGCUAUAUCCUUGGGUUUAAUGAAUCACUGAGCUAUAUCCCGCAAUAGAAACUAAGUUGGUAGAAAUCAUUGGAAUAUUUUCCAUAAUCACCCGGUAAUUGAAAAUGAUAACAUGCAUUAUUUCAUAGUGAUGGAUAGACCUUUCAUAAAAAAAAACUUUAAAAUUAUACUAUAUUCUUGUUUUAUUUUUUUCAAAUAGUUAUCUUUUGUAGAUUAAACAAUCUUCCAAUAUCUUUUUGAUACUUAAUGCAUUAUAUAUGUCAUCCCUGAAGAAAUAUCCAAUCAGAUUGUUUCUCUUUUUUCUACCUUAGUCUUUCUACCUCAACUUACUUAUAAUGACCACUAUUGUUUGAAUGGUUACUGCUCAAAUUUUAAGUUUAGAUUCUGCAAUCUAUUAAAUCAGUUAUCAUCUUGUUUACAGACAUAAAAAAAUGCAUUGCUCGCAACAUAAAAUGCACAUACUUUUGCUUACAUUUACAUAGCUCCAUCAGUAUACUAAAUAUUAUCUUUUUAUCUUAUAUCGCAUAAUGAAAACUAGUUCCUUCCUUAUAGCCUUGAUAUGUAUUGUCUAUAUGUGAAACCUGCUGGAUCUGUUUGCUAAAGUUUGCUAAAGUUUGCUAAAACUUGCCUGAAACCUUAGUUGUUUUAAGAACUGAUUUCCCUACACCUUGAAUGUACAUGCCCUGAUGUCUUUUACCCAGACACAUGUUAAGAUUUUCAUACUGUUCACAUACCAAUUGUGUUAGAUAGUUUUAUACUGUAUUAUCAUCCCUCUCCUUGUAAAAUACAAUUAACAAUUAAAUUUUCCUUUUUAUUAGAUAGGAAUUUUAUAUAAAUGUCAAAUGAUUAUGUACAUGGACCUUACUAAGUACAUUAUAAUACCUUUGAUAUGAUAUAAGGUUGUUAAUUAGAUGUGGCCAUAUUGGCAUAGUUGGAAGAGAGAUCUGAACACCCUCACUGUACUAAUAGUUCUCAGUGAUUUCCACAGAACUUUUGGAGGUUGGGGGAGGUACCCGUUGGGUGCUUUUCUUUAAAUAUAUCAUUCAGUUGCUCCAAGUCUGGUAAGAAUUUCUUUCCACACAUAUAGUAAGUUAUCAGGGUUUUUUUUAGAUAUCAAAUUAUCAAACACAUUCUCAUAGUUGUGAAUGUAUAUUUCACAAAGGCAAGACCCAUUCCAUCUAGUCUAAGGAAGGUUUUGACACUGUCUGGGUAGGGAAGAAUGUUUUUGUAUGUGAUCUAGUUGAUAGCUGGAGAUAUGAUUCUGUUUUGAUGUAUACACUUACAUUUUCUCUUCAGUUUUAGGAAUAUUAAGUUUGUUCCUACUAGCAAUUACUACAGAAAUGUCUCGGUAUGUGGUAGAUUUGGGACAACUUCUUUAGGUUUUAUAUGCAAAUUCUUAAUUAACGAAGAUUUCUGUGCUGAUGAUGAUUUUGCAUGGAAUUAAUAUUCAUCAGAUAUUGAACUUCCCAAAAUUAAAAAGAUAAUCAAGGAUAUGAUUAAUUUUGUAGUAAAAAACUACCUAUUGUUUCAGUUAUGUAUACCAUUCAUUAACAUUAUUGUACCGACAUUAUCUAUUAUUGUAGUAAUGUAUACUAUUCAUCAACAUUAUUGUGCUGACAUUAUCAUGCUAGGUAAUGAUUUAAUCCAAGUUGUGUUGAAGUAAACUUUGUAUUAUAUUAUUAGAUUAUCAUAUUUUCAUUCCAUCAACAGAGUUCCAUUGUGUUUUGACCUAUGUGAUAAUGUUUCCCUUGUUGCCAGGGAAAUUACUUUCUGUGUGAUACUGGGUUGAAUAGUAUACAUAUAUACUUCUUAUACAGACAUAUACAUACACAUAUAUAAUCCUUUACUAGAUCUGAUUGAUAUAUACAUACUGAUGUUAAUUUACUGAUUUCAAGGUUUUUGAGCUUUGAGUGAAAAUGGAUGUUUUUUACUAUGAUUUUUAUGUAGUUUACAGUAUGUAUAUGUAAAUCUAUGUUGUUUUAUUACAGACAGGUACAUAUAUAUGUGAAUCAACCUGACAGUUUGAUGUCUGUCAUUAUUACUAACAAAAUUUUGGAUAAUUUUAACCAGCGAUUUAAUAUGGUUAGCAGAGCAAUAUGGUGUUGUCAUUUUUUACCAGAAUUUAUCCCAGAUUAUUUGCUUUUUCAUUCAUGAUUUUUGCAUGGACAUGAUUUGUAAUUUUGACUUAAGUUAUCACCAAACCAUCAUGAUAAUUUCUUACUGCGUAAAUUAUUUUCAUCAAUUGAAGAUGCAGAUGAUUAUUUUUGAGAAAUAGAAUUUCCAAUGUUAAAUUGGUUGAAGUAGAAAUGUUGUGUAAUAACUUGUUUAUACAUGUGAAUUAAGUCAGAUAUUGUUGUUUGUUUUCCAUAUUGCUUUUCAAUUUUACAUUAUUUUAUUUCCCAUCUGAUACUUAAAUCAAUACCCAUAUAUAUACAGUAUUUAUAUAGACUGGUUACAGGUAAUAUGCAUCAAGCAUUGUUUCUGAUUCAGUGUAUACUUGCAAAAAUCCAUGUACAGGUAUAAAUCUGAGGAAUUAUGGAUGUAGACAUUUCCUGUAGAUAUAUAAAGACAUUUUAGGCAUUGUUGAUUGCGAGAAUUUUAAAUACAAAAUGUAUUCGAGGGUAGGUAAGUCACAAAUAUUCAUAUUUUUAACAUGUAUACUUAAUUCCGUGUAUUUUCUAUAGGAAAUACUUUGUAGUGUCAAUAUGAAUAUGUUCUUAAAAUGACAAAAAAAUGACCCCUAAAAUGUGUGACAGUAUAUUGAACAUGGAGUAAGAAAGAACAAGGGCAAUAACUCUCAUAAAAGGAAACUGAAUUUGUGUUUUAAAUAGCUGUACUUAGUUUGUUUGAAAUCCAGUUAAUCUGCGGAGUGAUUUCAGAGUUAAGUUACCCAGGGUAAAUGAAGAUUGACUGAAAUGAUUAAGUAUGAAACUCAGCCAAAAUUUGUCUUCAUUUGAAUCUAUAAAAGAAAUGUUUCAAAUGGUUACUAUGGUAUAUGUUGAAAUGCUACCCACCAACCCACGUGUACACUAUCAGUAUUUUAAUACGUAUGUAUUACAUUGUUUUAAUUUGGUUAAUAAAUGUUAUAUUUCUUAUACCAAUCUAUUCUUAAUCUCAGUCUAAAACACUUAUCAUGAUUUGCUUAUGCUAAAGAGGACAGAUUUGUACAUGUCCAUUGGUACAUGUCAAAAUACUGCAGUAUACUGAGGUUCGUCUUUAGAAAUGCUUGUUGAUUUGUUCUUUCCAUAAGACUAUUAAGUGCCAAAUUGAAACGUUCUUCACUGUUAAUCGUAUAAUAAUAAUUAAAUAUUAUUUUCCCUCAAUGCUCACUUAUCUGGCCAAUCAGAUGUGCUGCAUGUGGGGUUGAUUAUACAGUGCUAGUUUUGAGAUUAUGUAGAUAACACACCAGUUCAUACAGUGUUGAAUUAAUAGUUUGAAUGUUGUAGGGUAAACAGUGUUUCUUGACUAGAAAUAUUUGUUGCUGUGUAGAACUCGCUGGUUACAUGUAACACACAGAACUACAGCGACCUUACUCUAUAUUAUAUUGUACAUGGACCAAAGUUUUCCAGGUAUAAUUUGUUUAUUAUUUUCCACAUGAAAUAUAGUACAGGCCUCUGUAUUUACAGCCAUUUGAUUGACUAUAAUUAUAUUAUACUAAUUCUACAAUUUUGACCCAUAUCAUUUGGUUUUGGAAGUGUUGUGUCUAGAUUUUUUUCUAUGUCUUCAUAUACAUGUUUAUCUGGAAAUAUUACAAGUCAUGUUUAUAUCACAAAAUUUGGUUAUGAUUCAGAUGUAUGAUAUGAAUUAUAUACAAUUGUGUAAAUCACUUUGUUUAUCCUAUUGUUAUGUUCACAUGUUUAUGUAUACAUCGUAUGUUAAGAUUUGUUUUAUGUAAAUGACCUUCAUAUUUUCACUUUUCCAUAUAGAGUAUAAAUGUAUUUGUUUUUAUUUGUACAAUAUCUCUUUCCUGUUUAUCUCAUUCCUAACAAGAUAUUUUCCUCAGAUCUUAACAUUUGAUGAUAGCUCCCUGCCUUUCCUCUGGUAACUUACUUUAAUAGAGACUUGAAGUCAAUCUAUUCUGAUUCAAAGUUAGUUUUACAGUGUAUUUCUCAUAAAGAAACUUAAGAAAGUUAUUGGUAUGAUUGAAAAAUGAUAAGUUGUUUUUGUCAUGUAUGAUGAAAAGGAAGAUAAUCUAUUAUGUUUUAGAUCUAAGUACCUGGUAUAUGUUUUGAAAAAUCAGUUUAAUGUAUAGUUAGCUGUAAACAAUCUUCAGUUGAAUUUUGUACUGCCUUCAACUAAAGGGGCAUUCCUUCGUUUGAAAGUUUAGGUCUUCAAAAUUAUAAUCACUGGAAAAUAUGCCUUUUUUCCAAGUAGUAAAAGUUACAAUCUUUACAUUAAUAAGGCAGUUUUACUCUCGAGAUAAACCAAAGUUCUUCGAGUACUAAGUCCUGAAAAUUCUUAAUUCGACCUGAAGUAUCACUAAUUACUGCAAAGACAUACAGUAUUUGUAUAUGAUACGCCCUUUUUUUGUACAUUUCGGCGUUAAUUUCAUUAUAUGUAGGCACAGACACUCAUAUAAUCAUCUUUUGGACAUAGAUUUCAUCAAUAGAAGUUGUGCAUGUUUCUGGUGUCCGAACAAAGGAAUGCCCCUUUAAAGAGGCAAAAUAAAACAAGUGAAAAUAAAGUACAAAUCGGGCCUUGUCUUCAAUUCCCAGUAAUUAUAUGUCGAGGAACACCGAUAACAAUAACCUGUCUUCUAUUGUCAACUUAUGAUAACUGUUGGGUAGUUACAAAAGGCAUUGUUUG